AUGGCCGAGCCGGGGGCGCAGGUACCGCCUCGCCCCCGCGGCUCCCUCUGCCCUUUCUUCCCUCCUUCCAGCUCCGCGGAGUUUCCCCGGGGCUCCUCACCCGCUGUCUUGUGUUUCCCGCAGGAUCUCCUGCUGGCAGCGGCGUUUGUCUCCGACGCGCAGUACAACAGGAAUAUUCCUUUUAAGACCUCCCCCGAGGCGGUCAGACUCUAUCGCCUCUAUAACCACUGGAUGAUGCGAACAGCCACCUACUUCUUCAUCUUCCUCAACCUGUCCCUUGCCCUGUUUGAGGAACCUGCUGUGUAUCCACUGCCCUUCCUGGCCACGUCAGUGCUGGAGGUGGUGUGCCUCUUGGUGUUCCUUGGCCGGCUGACACACUUUGCCAAAGUCACCCUGCACAACGUGUUCUGGAAGGACACCAAGAACAUCUGCAUCAUGGUGGCAAUCCUGUUAUCCCUGACAGACCUGGCUGUUUAUGGGGUCCUCAGGCUGUAUGGUGUGAGGAGCAUCCGAUGGUCGAGGAUUGUGAGGCCUGUCUUCCUCAUCAACUUCGCAGAGAGUCGCCAGAUCCGGAGGGCGUUCCGCAGCAUCCGCAACACGCUGCCAGAGAUCACCUACGUCUUCCUGCUCUUCAUGUUCAGCCUCCUCAUGUUCUCCCUCAUGGCCUUGAAGCUGUUUGGAGAGAGGAAUCUCCAGACAGCAGAAGGCUUGCCCUACUUCAGAAACUACCUGGAGAUUGUGUUUGACCUCUACGUGCUGGUGACAACGGCAAACAGCCCAGAUGUCAUGAUGCCAGCGUUUGACUUCAGCUCCUGGUACGCCCUGUUCUUCAUCGCCUUCGUCAUCGUCAACACUUAUAUCUUCAUGUCUCUCUUCCUGGCUGUGGUCUACAACAACUACAAAAAACACCUGAAGAACGAGAUCCGUAAACUCGCCUACAUGAAGCGCCGCAAGAUGAUCGAGGCCUUCAACCUCCUGAAGGAGGACGAGGGAGGGCAGUUCGUGGUGAGGGAAGCCCGGUGGAAGCAGCUGGUCAAGCUGGUGGCUCCUGACACCAGCAAUUCCCACCGGGAGCUGCUGCUCCGCAUCUCGGAUGACGAGCAGAAAGGGUUCGUAGACAAGAAGUCCUUCGUGCAGCUGGCAGACCUGCUCAACAUCCAGGUGGUGACGCUGAAGAUCCGCAGGCACCCUCUGGCACGCUGGGCGCCGGCCCUGUACGGAUCCACACCCAGCCGGCUCCUGCGCGGCGCCGUGAGGCACAGGGCUUUUGUUUGGACUUUUGAUGCUAUCAUCCUGAUAAAUGCCAUCUUCAUUGCUCUGGAUGAGGAGAGCCCCUACAUUUCCUAUGCAGAGUGGGUGUUCCUGACUCUGUACAUCAUCGAGAUCCUCCUGAAGGUCUACACUUAUGAACCCAGGGAGUUCUUUGGCAAAACCCAGUUCUGGAACUGGUUUGAUACUCUCAUCAUCUUUGCUGCCCUGACUGCAACGAUUCUCAAUGCCACCCUCAAGUCCACCAUGAAGUACAACAGCCAGCAGAUCCUGGACAUUGUGUUCAUCCUGAGAGUCCUCAGGCUGAUCCGGAUUGUCGACAGCAUUCAGAGGUUCCAGGUCAUCAUGAACACCCUGAUAAACAUCGUCCCAACCAUGCUGACUUUUGGUGGGCUCACUCUGGUUGUGUAUUGUGUGUUUGCUAUCAUUGGCAUGGAGUUAUUCCAUGGGAAAAUCCAGUACUUCCCGGCCAACUCGAAUGCUCCUCACGCCCUGGAGUGUGGGAAUCCAGCUCUCAAGGAUUCCCUGUUUGCCCGUGGGAGGUACUGCAAGAACAACUUCAACGACUUUGCCUCAUCCUUCAUUGUCCUCAUGGAGCUCACCGUGGUCAACCAGUGGCAUGUCUUUGCCAAUGGAUUUGCCAACGUGACAGUUCAGCCAGCCAAGCUCUACUUCAUCGCCUUCCACAUUGUGAUGGUGAUCAUCAUUGUCAACAUCUUUGUGUCAUUCAUCUUGGAAGCUUUCUUUGUGGAGUACUCCCUGGAGAAGAGUGAAGUGGAAACUGCCAUCGAGCAGAAAAUCCAGGAGCUGGGAAUGGGAGUUCAAGAGGAUGAGCUCCAGCAGGAACAGCUCCUUGACAACAUGGAGAGUGCAGAGCACGAGCUUGAGGGGGAAGGUGGAACGAAGCCACAGAGCAAAGGGCUGGUGUUCAAAAUUGCCUCCAAACGGUACAGGACAGUGGAUGCUCUGCUGCAGCGCAUGUUUGAGGCAGAGAUACCCCUGGAGGAUGAAGGCCCUUCCUUUGAAGAGAUCCUAAACUUGUCCCCCACCUCGGCUGUCCCCAGGAGCCCGAAUUCCCAGAGCGCAGCGUGAUGGGAGGGGAUCAGGGAAUGGAGCUGAGUCCCGGCUGUCCAGGUGUUCCCUGACUGCUCCCGCGCCUGGGGCCCCGGUUGCACGGUGGGAACAAACAGCUUUGUCCUGUAAAGGAGCUUUAUUUCAUGUAAAGUCUGGUAUAAACCUCUGGAAUGUGGAGGGGGGAGUCGCAGUAUCCGGCUGUGCCCGGAGAGGGACGGUGCCGUGGGCGGUGUGUUAUGGAAUAACUCCUUCUUGUAACUGGAAUUGUAUCGCAGCACUUUUAUACGCAGCUCUGGACCGGUGUAUGCUGAAUGGAGCAGCUCUUGAGCACAAUAAAUUCAGCAGUUUGGAAAAACGA